GAGGAGAGGAGAGGAAUCAACGGCUCCGAUGAUCCAACGGCUGACAUUCUUCGGUUCCAUUCAUUCAUGGCGCUCGUCAAUGGAUCCUCCACUUUCCUUCCAUUACAAUGCUCCCCGAAUCCCAACUUCUUCCCCCGUUUUCUUUGUAUUCAUUCUCUACCAUCUGUCAAUCGAUACGUACACAAUUCCAUACAUGUAUCUUCCUUUUUAUAGCACCCUCUCUCGCCCUCAAUUUCUACGAAUUCAUUGCUGAUUAAUUGGCGUCCUGUCCUGUCUUCGUUUUCCUUGCAGAGGCCUGGCUAUUCUUGCCCAACAUUCCUGCUCUGUUUAAAAAGUUUCUCACUGAUCAAUCCUACAAAUAACUUGAAGCUGGAAGCCAUUGUUUGUCUCGAUUUCGGGCAUUAUAGUACAGAUGGAUUUCAUGGAGAACAAACGUCGAAACCAAGUGACCAGGAAAAUUCUCUUGGCUGCUGGACUAACUGCCCUUCUUGUUUUCAUGCUUCGAAGAUCUCCGGGUACCUCGUCCAAGUUUUCGGAGCAUGAGCCUGGUGUAACACAUGUCUUGGUGACUGGAGGCGCUGGCUACAUAGGCUCUCAUGCUGUUCUUAGGCUCCUUAGAGACUCGUAUCGUGUCACUAUUGUGGACAACCUUUCUCGUGGAAAUAUGGGAGCUGUUAAAGUCCUGCAGGGGCUCUUCCCCGAACCCGGGAGGCUUCAGUUUAUAUAUGGCGAUCUUGGAGAUGCAGCAACUGUAAACAAAGUAUUCGCGGAGAAUGCUAUCGAUGCUGUGAUGCACUUUGCUGCAGUUGCAUAUGUCGGAGAAAGCACAGCUGAGCCUCUACGGUACUAUCACAACAUCACAUCAAACACCUUGUUGAUCGUGAAGGCGAUGGCAGCACACGGCGUCAAGACUUUGAUAUAUUCGAGUACUUGUGCUACAUAUGGAGAACCCGAGAAAAUGCCCAUAAUCGAAACCACUCCUCAAGUACCGAUUAAUCCAUAUGGAAAAGCCAAGAAAAUGGCGGAAGAUAUCAUUCUCGACUUUUCGAAAACAUCUGACAUGGCUGUCAUGAUCUUAAGAUACUUCAAUGUGAUUGGAUCCGAUCCCGAGGGGAGAUUAGGAGAAUCCCCGAGACCUGAACUUAGAGAACAAGGGAGAAUAUCGGGAGCUUGUUUUGAUGCUGCGAGAGGAAUAAUUAACGGCUUGAAGAUACGUGGGACAGACUACCCGACCUCGGACGGGACUUGCAUACGAGACUACAUUGAUGUAACCGAUCUAAUAGACGCCCACGUCAAAGCUUUAGCCCAUGCAAAGCCUGCAAAUGUCGGAAUCUACAACGUUGGCACGGGAAAAGGGAGCUCGGUGAAAGAAUUCGUGGAGGCGUGCAAGAAGGCGACGGGCGUAAAGAUAAAGGUGGAGUUCCUCCCGCGGCGACCGGGCGACUAUGCUGAGGUGUACAGUGACCCGUCGAAGAUUUGGAACGAGCUCGGGUGGAAGGCCAAGUAUACGAAUCUGGAGGAGAGCUUGUCGAUCGCGUGGAAAUGGCAGAAGGCUCACAGGAAUGGCUAUGGUGGUUGAAUCCGAUGGGAGUGAAUGUUCUUCUGCCAUGCUUAGCUUGCAGGAGAAUGAAGAAUAUAUAUAUAUAUAUAUAUAUAUAUAUAUAGGUUGUGUUGAGGAAGGGAGGAAGGGGAAGGAAGAAAGGAAGUUGCAGAGAUGGAUGAAUGAACGAAGAUAGGGUAGGGUAGUGUUGUAGUUAAUUAAAGAUGUAAACAUUGGAUUGGAUAUUUGGAUUAUUUGAUUGAAUCGAAAUAAAACAACCA